CUCACCCAGCUCGACUCCCACACGGCCAAUGGCGUCCCCAUUGAGGUCAAUCCGCCCGUCCGCAUCCCCCGCACCUUAGGCGGGUCAGCGGGCUCAUGGGUGCUCCAGCUGCUGCACAAGCCCUCCAUGCGCGGCAUGAACGGCCCUGGGAGGCUGCUCAAGGCGAUCAAGAACCCGGUCACGGACCACCUGCCGCCAAACACGACCAAGCUCACACUAUCCGGAGAUUGUCAGCCAGCGAAGCUAUCGAAAUAUCUGCGCACAUUGCUGGAGACUGUAUUUGUGGAUGCGAUGGCCCGCGGCAGGGACGACUUCCCUGUGCGCGCGCGCACUUUAACUAUAUACCAUAAUCCACGGCGGUCGUGCGCAACUCCUGCAGGGCCGAUGACGCGAGCAUGGCCGAUAUGA